CGCAUGCGCGAGGAGAUGGAGGAGAUAACACAGCAGCAGCUGGUCCAUGACAAGUACUGCAAGGAGAUGAUGGGGUUUGGAACCAAGCCCCGACAUAUCACCCCCUUUACCAGCUUCCAGUCGGUGCAGCCGCAGCAGUCCAACGCGCUGCUAGGCCUGCUGGGAUACAGCUCACCGCAGGGCUUCCUCAGCUUUGGAGCCACGCCGGCCCCCGCCAAGACCUCACUGGUGGAGAGUCGCUACUGCCGAGAGCUGAUGGAAGAGCACUUCGACCAGGUGUGUCACUGGGUGCUGAAAUACAGGACCAGUAAAAAUCCUCUGAUCCAGAUGAGCAUCCUGAACCUGCUGCCACGCCUGGCUGCCUUCCAGCCUAAUACUUUCACAG